AUGGGAGGACCAGUGUCCUCCGGCGGCUGGCGGUGGGAGGCGGGGACCCGGCCGGCGGAGGUAGGGAGGCUGGAAGCUGGCCCUCGCGAGGCGGCACGGGGAAAGUGGGCGAAGAGCGCCUGUGCGCGCUAGGGGGAGCCGCGCCCGCCGCCCUCCUUUGCGGCACCGCCCCUCCAGCCCUCCCCGCCCCAUUACCCAGGAAGGCCGAGCGGGGUGCAGGCGCUGCUUUCGCUUUCCCUUCGCGGUGCCCACUUCGUUCCUCGUGCGGCACUAGGACCCCCACCCCGGCCAUGACCACACUCAGGGUCCAUCCCGAGGCCCAAGCCAAGGUGGAUGUGUUUCGUGAAGACCUCUGUACCAAGACAGAGAACCUGCUCGGGAGCUAUUUCCCCAAGAAGAUUUCUGAGCUGGAUGCAUUUUUAAAGGAGCCAGCUCUCAAUGAAGCCAACCUGAGCAAUCUGAAGGCCCCACUGGACAUCCCAGUGCCUGAUCCAGUCAAGGAGAAAGAAAAAGAGGAGCGGAAGAAACAGCAGGAGAAGGAAGACAAGGAUGAAAAGAAGAAAGGGGAAGAUGAAGACAAAGGUCCUCCCUGUGGCCCAGUGAACUGCAAUGAAAAGAUUGUGGUCCUUCUGCAGCGCUUGAAGCCUGAGAUCAAGGAUGUCAUUGAGCAGCUCAACCUGGUCACCACCUGGUUGCAGCUGCAGAUACCUCGGAUUGAGGAUGGGAACAAUUUUGGAGUGGCCGUCCAGGAGAAGGUAUUUGAGCUGAUGACCAGCCUCCACACCAAGCUAGAAGGCUUCCACACUCAAAUCUCUAAGUAUUUCUCUGAGCGUGGUGAUGCAGUAACUAAAGCAGCCAAGCAGCCCCACGUGGGUGAUUAUCGGCAGCUGGUGCACGAGCUGGAUGAGGCAGAGUACCGCGACAUCCGGCUGAUGGUCAUGGAGAUCCGUAAUGCUUAUGCUGUGUUAUAUGACAUCAUUCUGAAGAACUUCGAGAAGCUCAAGAAGCCCAGGGGAGAAACAAAGGGAAUGAUCUAUUGAGAUCGCUCCCAUUCUGUGAGGGGUACAGCAGACACAUAUCCUGCUUUUUACUAGGGACUCCAGACUUUCCCCAAACUUGCUCCUGUUGAGAUUUUUCUUCACCUUGCCUCCCAGGCACAAUAAAUACAGUUAUACCAUUGCCC